UUGUAAUAGCCCAUGCUGCAACACCAAAGCCACAGAAGUGUAUCAGUACCCUGCUGAUCAGUUUUGCAUUCGGUCCCUCUGGUCUGGCUUGCGAGGAGCUUGACAAAUUGAACUUCCGCCACGGAAGUCCCCCUUCGAUUGCUUGAAUUAGAUACAACAAGAUCGCGCUGCCUAUGGCACAGUACUUGGCGAGUUACGGGACCUCACGAUGUACUGUGUAGAAAUUCCAGGCUGCAUUGCUGCGUCACCAGAUGCUGAUUAUUCAGUCUUUCCGUAUUCGGUAACAGUUCAUCCUGCGAGUGGGGCGUUCUACUGCCUUGUCGAUCAUACUUUUUUCUGCCUCAAUGGAGAUUCUUCGGCAUUGACUCGUGGACGGCGAUCACUUGGCUCUACAAUGAAACCUCUCGUGAAGAUUUUCAGACUCAAAAGUUGGGGGCGACCCAACGGUAUACCGUUCUCGGAUCCGAACCUUACCAAUUUUCAUGGACCCAGGCUCAAUUAUGACGUCGGAAAAUCAAGCUCGCGCUACGCGCAAGUCUUGAAGAAGGGACCAUUGCUCGGAUCAGCAUACGACUUCAUAUAUACUUUAUCGACAUUUCCAAUCAGCUUGCCCAGGAUUCAGCACAGGGUCCCACGGAAUAGCCCCCGACGUUCACAAUAGUUCCGCGGUAUAGGCCAUCCCGUCAUUGACAGAACUGUUGGAGAAGAUCCAGCCACAUGUCAGUGUUAUGAGCUGAUCAACGGGAACAACUGAAAGUUGAAUUCGCGCACUAUCGAAAGCUGUCAAUGCGGAAA